CCGUAAAAAUGCCGGACCCUCCUGAGUAUGUGGUAUACACCGAUUCAGAACUUGACUUGGUUCGGAGCCAGUAUUUUGAACUGCUACGCAGUGGGAAAGGGUCACAGUGCAAGAUGUCUAAAGACCUAUUUUGCAGACUGAUAAGGAACACUGUAACCAGCAUGGUGGCUAUCCUCCGUGCCAGUAGUUCGUGUCAUGAACAGAUGUACCCUUCAAAAAGGGAAAUUCAGGCAGUGGCUGAGAAGAUUGUUGAUUAUUACCCUAUGCUGCAAGACUCAUCAAACACGCCUUAUCUGACUGUGUACUCUAAAAUGUAUAAGCGUAUCCAAAACAUCAAGUCCCCAAGAAAAAGGCAAGGACGAAUGCCACAACGGGGGGUACCUAAGAAGAGGUCUCUCCUUGAGUCAAGUCUUGAAGAUGACAGUGAUGCUUCAACCAAUUUGUCGGUUGCUUCAACAGUAAUUCUGCCGGACAGCGAUGAUAACGAUGCUGAGCUAAGCCAAGACCAGGACAGCCGCAAAACACAAGCAAGGCACUAUCAGACAUUGCAGACCAUGUACAGCAAACCUAAGUCUAAGCCAAAUGGAAGUGAUGUUGCUCAGAUUUUGGACUUGGAGUUCGAGGCCAGACGGGCCUUUAUUGAUUCUGAUGCAACAAAGGAAGAAGACAAGGCAGCCAAGAUUAUGGAUGCAUAUCCAUGUUUUAGAGAUCCCCGACAUGCAGUUGACGAGCUUGGGCGUAUCCUUGGUGGCGCCAACAGUAAAUACAUUGACGAUACCAAGAAAAGAUGGCAGACCUUCUGUACCAAUGUCCAAUUCUAUGGUCUGUGGAAGAAGGUCCUAAAACCCCCCAUUCCUGUGGAUAUGGCUGGAGCGGAUUUCACCAUUGCCCUUCUGAAGGCAUUACCAUCCCUCUUCCCAUCACCAACACCACCACCAAAACGUCUCGGAGGAGCCAGUGAAGCAUUAAUUCAUGUCCUUGAGGAAAAUGAGGAUCCCAACAAGUACCUUGAGAAACGCCAACUGUCCUCCCCAGUCCUUCUAUACGACGGCAGUACCUGCAUUCUCGCAAUUGGCAACUCCCCUGUGAGUACCCUGGAAGAUGUCUUCAAUGGUAUGCUUUCAUUGAUGGCCUACUACUACACCCUUCACUUGACCUAUCCGAAGUUUGUUUCCACACUUCUGUCUGUAAUUCAGACUGAGGUGCUUCAUGAUGCAAUUCAUGAUCGGGAUGCCACAACGGCGUACAAGAAGGCUAUGAAUGAAUGGAAGUCGUUUGUUAAGAAUUAGAUCAAGCCAUGCUUAAAUUUCUCCUGUAAUAUCCAAAUACAGAAAAACAUUGGUUGUUCAUAAAAAUGUUGCUUCUGCAAAAAUAUUUGUUCCCUUUGUAACCUUCAGUUUGAACAGGUUAAAAUAAUUUCACGGGGGGGGUUAACGUUUGUUUGCAGUUUCUUUUUAUGCAAUAUCCUGCUCUUGAUUGCACAUUGCUAGCAUUUAUUAUGCGUGUGCUGAAUUUAUUCACAGGAAAGUAUUUAAAGGUCCCAUGACAUGCCAUCAGGUGUGGUGGGAUUAGCCGUUACAGAUGGAAAGCCAACCCCGACAGAAAACAACCUAAUUCAGUCACGUAUCAACUUCAUUACGCCGUAAAAAACGCUGUAAAAUGUAGAAAAACUGUUUUUUACGCCGUCAUGCGCAAAAAAUGCGCCGCUUUUUACGCCGCAAUGAAGUCCUUUAAGAGCGCGCGUAAAAUACGGCGUCUCUAGUAUGCUAAUAAUCUCUGCCCUUCUUUUCUCUCAGCCAAUGCAUUUGUAGUGUUUGCGCCCAAUCGCUGAUCAAGACUAGCAGACCAAAUGCAUUGGCUGAGAGAGCCGUUUAGAGGGCGGUUUGAUGCUCUAAACUGCGUUUUUUACGCAUGCUCUUGAAGGACUUCAUUGCGGCGUAAAUUACAGCGCAUCUUUUGCGCUUGACUGCGUAAAAAACACUGUUAUUUUUUACGUUUUUUUACGGCGUAAUGAAGGUGAUACGUGACGGCAUGAGGUCGAUUUCUGUCGGGGUUGGCUUGCCAUAGUUACAAGCCGUUUUGGAAAUCAGCCCCUUAUGACAUCACACGGGUGGGCGUGUCCACCAGAUGUGUGCUGGAUAGAUCAGUCUACCAGCCUACCUAGUGGACUGUAGCAAACGUUGGACAUCUAUCCUUCUAGGUGGACACACCCACCUGUGUUGUCAUAAGGGGCAGAUUUCCAAAACGGCUUGUAACGGCUAAUCACACCACACCGGUUGGCAUGUCAUGGGACCUGUAAAAAAAAAUUAUAUCUUUAUGCAAUAUUAUUUAGAGAAGUCCACUACAAUUCAUCUAAAUUAUACCAAUUAAUCUAAAUUAUAUAUUGUAUACCAUUCUAUGAGCCAAAAUGUUGCUGGCUUAUUUGAUAUUUGUACAUUUGUUUCAUUUGUAUAUUUGGCAUAUUUGUUGGGUCCAGUUGAACUUCCCUGUGGAAGCUAAGUGACUCAUUGAAAAUCUUUUACACAUUGACUGACUUUUAUUUCAAUGCAAUUCACAUUGGCGAGAAAUUAAAGCAAUAACCUAUGUACUGUUAAUCCUGGUUUGUGGUGCCUUAUUACACAGCACAACAUUUACAUUUUAGUUGGUACACACUGGUUUUCCCCUAUGAUGUUACUUGAAUGAAUUUAUUGGUCUGCUUUUUGGCACAUGCUCUCUUCCUGGAUA